GUUGAAGUUGAAUUUUAUGCGCAAAAUAUCGAUUUGACAGUCGAACUCAAAAAUCGGUAAAAGUUUUUCCUCGUCUCCAGUUCCUCAUCACAGUGAAAAGUUUUUACAUUUUUCUUACAAAAUUUACAGAAAACAAAAUAAUCAAUAAACUCAAAACAACAAAAAACUAUAAACAAUACAUUUAUAGAAUGUAUAAAAUUUAUUAUUAACUAAUUUCGAAUUUGUUUAUAAAUAUUGGGCCAUGGAAAUUCCAAUACAAGUCGCCGUCCGAAUAUAUCCAUGCCUAACCGAACCACAAUCGCCACCAUGCGUCCAAUCCAUACCAAUGAGCAUUGGUCCAAACAAUGCUAUAGGUGGCAUUGCCACCGGUGUCAUUCAAGUUGGUCCACAUUCAUUCCCAGUCACACAUUCGUUGCCAGUCGAUUGUGCCCAAGCACAAAUCUACCAUCAAACAGUCUAUCCAUUGAUGGCAUUAUUUCUGGAAGGUUUUGAUGCUUCAGUGGUUACUUAUGGUCAGCGAGGAACUGGUAAGACUUAUACUUUAUUUGGUCGUGGGUUAGAUUGUGUUUAUGGCGAGGCGGAACAAGGAAUAGUUCAAAGAUGCGUGCGGGAAAUCUUUGCCCAGAUGGCUACCCAUCAAGAACGUACUUUUGCAAUUAAUGUCGGGUGGGUUGAGAUUGUUAGAGAUGAAAUAAGAGAUUUGCUUGAAGCAGGAAAUGUUUCCUGUUCGAGUAUUAGCGAAGUCUUUCAUUGGGUUGAAGUUGGAUUGAAUAAUCGAAGUGAUUCGGCUGACACACUUGUUCAUAGUUUAUUUACAAUCACUUUGGAACAACAAUGGGUUUCCAAAGAAGGUCUGAUUCAACAUCGUCUGUCGACAGCAAGUUUUAGUGAUCUCUGUGGCACAGAGAGAAUGUUUAUGUUGAAUAGUAUGGAUCAGCAUUCAAGUAUCCCGAAGGAUCUUGGUUUACAAUCGCUAGAAAGAAUCGUAAAUACUCUAACUGAUCCAGUUUUGAUGUACAAUGGUACUGGCAAUGUGACUUAUAAUCAAACCACUCUUACGACUCUGCUGAAAGAUUCGUUUGGUGGAAGAGCACAAACUUUGGUUAUUUUGUGUGUUUCGCCGCUGGAAAGAGAUGUUAACGAGACUAUUUACAACUUGCAAUUUGCUUUUAAAGUUCAAUGUGUAAGGAAUUAUGUUGUGAUGAAUACGUUCUCAGACAACAAUACACCACUCUCGCCUGAUGGUGGACCAGAACAUAUGGGCACAAAUCCGAAUGAUACUUUUGGAUUGCAAUUUGCUGCUUCGCAAUGGUUCAAAUUGGUUUCCAAUGCUGAAGGAUUGUUUUCUAAACUUAUGUCAACAAAUGCAAUUUCUGAAUUAGAAAAAGAACAAAUCGAAGAAUGGCUUUUUCUUAAACAAGAAUGUGAAGAGUGUCUCAGUUCGAGUGAAGUUGUUCGAUCUCAAAAGCAAUUGGGUCCCAUUCAGGAAGCUGAAGAACCCGAAGAAACAGUCAGUGAACCAGAGACAUCAUGUCAGCAAAAUUCAGACAAUGACAGUGAUUCUGAGUCACAACGACCUGAUCUCGCAGAAAAAUUAGAAUCUCUAAUGGAUGAAUUGAAGAUUAAGACUGAUAGUCUAGUAAAUGACAAGUACAAGGAAUUCAUGAAGAACCAGCCAAAGGCGGUUAUGGAAAGCAAUGACAGUUUUAUGCAAGAAGAACGUAGAGCGUCAUCAUCGGUUGGUGGUCGCCGUCGAUCAAUUCAACCAGGUGCUAGCCUUAGCAGCGCCGAAAUUGCAAUGCUCAAUCGAGUUGCAUCCCGCGAACAAGUCACUAAAUCUCAAGAUGACUUUCUUGAUAGUUCCACUGAUCUCAAUCAUCCAAUACGUGCAGCAAUCAAUUCACCCCAAGAAACCAUUCAAAAAAAACUUCGCAAAAUCAUAACCGACAUUGAAGCUAAGCAAAGGCAAAUUAAAGAGGUCGAAAAUACAAUUUCACUUAAACAAAAUAUAAUAAUAGACUUGGUUAAGAACAAUGAUACACGAACUACGGCAAAGAAUCGAUUCAAUAAGAAGAAGGGCAAACUAGAAGGAGAAUAUGAGAAAACCAAGAAACAAUUGUCCAAGGCAGUUGUGAGUGGUAAAGAUAAAUCUGAAAUAGAUCGCUUAAAAGCUCUAACCUCCCACAUUGAACAACGGUUACAAGACCUGGCUUCAAUAAAACAUAUUGCCGGUGAAAGUGGACAAAAAGUCAAGAAGCUACAGCAAUCAGUUCAAGACUCAAAACGUUUUGUCGAUGAUUUACAAAAGAAAAUGAAAAAAGAGAAAAAAAUCAAAGAGCAAUUAGAAAAUGAACUAAAAGCAUUAAAAGAGAAAGAGAACACAAAGCAAAUUGCAGUCGUAGAAAAGGGUAAGAAUUUGAAGGAUGUUCAGGCAAGAAUCUCACAUCUAGAUCAUGUUCUCAAAGAAAAAUCUGAUAAUUUGGAACACUUUGGCGAAGGUGAUGAAAAGGAGUCACUGAGACAUGAAAUAAGAAACUUACGCCGUACAAGAGAUCAUCUACUCGAGCAGAGGUGUACAUUGGAUAGAAAGUUGAAAAAAGAAAAGAUGCUAUCACACAAAGAAGAACGAAAGCUUUUGGAAUGUGAUGAAGCUAUCGAAGCCAUAGACGCUGCAAUUGAAUUCAAAAACGAACUGAUUUGUGGUCGUAAGUCAAUUGAUACCAGUGAAAGGCUACAGCGUGAGAAAGGUGAGCAAAUGCUAAUGGCGAGACUGAAUAAAUUAUCUCCAGAAGAAAUGCGAACCCUGCUGUAUAAGUACUUUACAAAAGUCAUUGAUCUCCGGGAUUCUAGUCGAAAGCUAGAGAUCCAACUGAUGAAUUUAGAGCGUGAAAAAGACGCCUGGGAAUGGAAAGAACGUGUACUAAGCAAUGCUGUUCGACAGGCCAGAUUAGAGGGUGAGCGAAAUGCCGUUCUUCUGCAGCGACAACAUGAAACUAAACUCACCUUAAUGCUGCGUCAUUUGGCCGAAGAAACAAGUGCAAGUUCUAGUUUCAAUGAUCGCUUCAUACAUCCCGGCUCGGCUGCAGCUGCAGCUCUUGCCCAUCAUCCCCACCAUCAUCAUCCCACAAGUCCUUCAAGCCCAUCAGCUUAUUCAGGAGAUUCUGAUUUCGAAAUGGACUUCUACAAAGCCGCCAAUAAGAAUAUUCUGAAGCCCAAACAUGGUGAUAUGGAGAUUUGUCCUCUACCCGAUGCUUUAGCAAAAUACAAGCCAUUGGAUAAAAUCAAAGAGAAAGAAAGGGAAACCAAAAAUAAACUCUUUGCUAAAUUCCAAGUACUCACAAGGUAUCAUGCGGGCAGUAGCAGUGCUGUUGCAGCUACAAGUGCAGCUCCUGAAAGUAGUAAAAAGAAAUCAACACAAGUCGAGCAGGCGGCCAUACCACAGGAGAAUCUCAAGCGAUUGUUGUCUGCUCCACCUUCGACAAAGGUGACAAGACAGAAGAAUAAAAUUAUUAUUCAAGAUUCGUCGAGAAAGAAUUAAGAAGAAAAGAUUUAUUAAAGGUAGUUUUUUUUAAUUAUUUUUUUUUAUUUCUAAUUUUUUACAUAAACACAUAAAAAAUACUCCAAAAAAUUUCAAAGGUAUUUAUCUCUGCUAAGAAAUACUCAUAAAAUGCAAUUAUUUAAAUAAAAAAAUAUAUUAAAACUAAAUGAAAUACAAAAUUAAAAAAAAAAGUAACAAAAUGCUCAAAAAAAUGAAUCAACAUUGCUUUAAAAGAAGAACUGAAUAAUUAAAUGAUUUAAUGAUACAAAAUAAUAUAAAAUUCAAUUAAAAUUUAAGUGUUUACUCACAAAAAGAAACCCUUUCACACAAUACAAGGUUAGUAGGCUUAAAAUUAAUAAGUAAAUAUUAUUAUAAUUAGAAUUACAUACAAAAUAAACAGAUUUUUUCUUUUCUCUCUAAAUCAAAAAGUACACCAUGCACAAAUAAAUUCUCAAAAAAUUUUGUAAACUUGUUUCUAGAUUAAAAAAUGUAUUUAAAUAUUAUUUUAAAUUAAUUUUCUAAAUAUUUAGAAUUAUUUUAGUCUACUAUACUACUAAUUAAUCUACUUAAUUUUUAAUUAAUUAAAUAGUUAACUCGUGAACAAUAAAAUUAUUAUAUUAU